AUGGAAAACCAAUCACCAGCAACACCAUCCAACUCAAAUAUCAACAACAUACUUCUAGACAUCAUUCUCAUAGAUAGAACCCGACGCCAAGUGUCCAUAAUCUACCAGAAUGAAAGUAGAGAAGUUAUAAUUACAGAACCAUCUAGAAUGACAACAAUUCCUCUACUCAACAACUAUCCCACAAAGUGGUUUAUUCCUGCCACAAAUGUCACCAGGCCAGACUCUCCAAGCCUCUCUAUCUUCCAGAUUGAAUUCUCAACUGCAGAAAAUCAAAACAAUCUUGUGACACAA